GGGCCCCCCGCCGCGCCGCGCUGGACCCCCGCCGUGCGAUCCCGCUGGGCGGCCCCUCCCGGUGACGGCGCCGUUGGGGAGGGGGUCGCCGGGGCAGCGGUGGGGGGGGAACCUGGCGGCGGCGGGCGACCGGGGUGGGGGCCGUCGUCUCCGCGUCCGCGUCCUGGGUCGGGGCUGCAGCCUCUGACAAGUUCGGCUGGGGGCGGGGGGCUCCGCGGCGCUGCGGUCCCCACGCGCCCCUCCCCCUCGUGGAAAGGGGCGACCCACAAGGGGGUAGAGCUCAGGGGCAGAGCUCUGCAACAAAUCUCAUCAGGCCGAGUUUGUGUGUUCAGAGGCUGGUGCAGGAAGCCUUUCAUUUCCCUCUGACCGACCCCGCAGCGGGGCCCCGGGCUGCCCUGCGGGUCGGCCGCCCCCCCCCCGCGGACACGGUGACCGAGGCACGGAGGGGGCCGAGUCGGCGGUGCCGCCCCCACCCCUAGGCAGUGACAGUACUUCCUGGCCAGCGGGGAGCAGGUGUGGGGGGGCGGGGCUUGGGGAGCAGGGGCUGUGCCCCGCACCCCCACCCCCACCGCCCGUGUACCCCCCUGGGCAGAUAGAUGGUCAGCUCUGACGGCGGAGGGGGGCCCUCAAGUCUGCUCUGCCUCCUGGGCCCACAGACAGACUGAGGGACAGGCUGGCCCAGCCCCGGGCCCCUCUGCCCCCUCUGGAAGCAUGAAGCCCUCCAGAUGUCCACUGCCCCUAACCAACUUGACUCUCAUAGCAGGGGCCUCCCUCGCAGACCCCCUUUGUCCCCGGCCCCUCCCUUUCUGAGCCCCUGGCCUGAGUCCAGAGCGUCCUGGACCCAGGCUUCUGAUUGGCAGAGAGGAACAAUAAGAGAGCGCUUGGAGGGGGCAUUUAGCUCCUUCUGUGCCGCCCCCCCCAAGAAAAGCCAUAGUGAGGCAUCUCUCCCCGUUCCCAAACUUCAGCUGGACAUUUCAGGGACGCUCCCACCUCUCCCCUUGCUCUUCUCAAGGAUCCCGCACCCCUUGCCGGGAUGCCAGGGAGGGAUCCCCCAGCUGGUCACGGAGGAGGCUUGGGGUCGGGGUGGGGGGAGGCUCCGGAGAUCUCUGGGAUGCCUCUGCCAGCUGAGAGCCUUGCCAGAAGCCAGCCUCACUCUCCCCAUCGGCUGCAUCCCAGGAAGUGAGAAGCCCCUUCCCCCACCAUCACCCGGGGUAAUAGAAUCUGAGAGUGGGGAGCUGGAAACCUCUGGGAGCCAGGCUGUCAAGCCUCUCCCUCCAUCAGGGCUAGGCACUUGGUCAGCGGCAGAUGGAGGACUGGACCCCGGUCCCCAGACUUCUGUGACCGAACCGGAAUUUAACAUCCCCUCAAAGGCUGGAAUGACCCUCGGUGCCAUCCAUCCCGCGCAGUGUACACACGCGCAUACAAACGUGCCCACACAUGCGCACAUGCAUGUCCACACACAACGUGUGCCUGAAAUCGUGUGUGCACACGUACACGCACAGAUACACACACGUGCACGAGCCACACACACAGGCACAGACCCGCCCCGUGCCAGCACACACACGCGUGCAAACGCGCACACACCCUCCUACCACACCAGAAGAGAAUCUCCAAGACUGGCCUUUGUCCACCUUCUGGAAGAGGUGGGAUGAGAUGCCACCACCGGGUCAGAAGUGACAGCUGCUUCCCGGGGACUCCCCCAGGUCCCCCCGACCCCCCGAAGCUGGAUUGAAGUGGGUAAGGAGCGGCAGAGAGGCACCACGGGUACGGGAGGAGCGCGCCGAGGCUGGCGAGCGCUGCCAUGACAGGCAGGCUGGCUUGUAGAAGGCGACACCCCUGAGGUAGGGGUGACCUCCGGAAGAACAGUCCCGGAGGCUGCAUUGGGGGGGGGGGCAGCCUUGGGAGGGGCCACAUCUGCUGCCGAGUGCUGGCGUCCCCACUCUCUGUGGUCUCGAGCAAGUCCCCCGACGGCUCUGGGCUGGCCCCGUCAUCUGUAAAGGGGGACAGCGGUCGCUGCUUUAUAGGCUGUCCUGAGAAGGACACGAGACUGUAUGACCAGAGUGUGGGGGGCACUGCGGGGACAGGGUGGGCAUCGUGCACGAGUCCCUCUCUCUGUCCGCGAGUGGCCUUUUGCUGAUAGAGACGGCAGCGUGGGGUGCAGGCAGGCCGUGGUCCUGAAGCCUCGCCCACGGCCACAACACCUGGUGGUGGUUCUUGACCGUUGCUGCUGACACUGAUGGAGCCUCAGAGCUGGACUUUUCGCCCUGGCUGGGAGCGCAGGCAUCUGGGGUUUCCAGGCACGGGCUGGGAAAGGACCACGGUACGUGGACCUCAUACCCAGCAGCAUGGUGGGGACCACAGAUGUCUCCGCUGAGAACAUUCGUCGCCUGUCGCCGCGCUUUCUUUCCUUCAGGUCCCAGGCACUGGAUUCGGUCCUGCUCUGUCUCCCUUUUGUCCUUCCGAGUGCUUCUCCCAGGAAGGUCACAGACACAGAGCCCUGGGGCUUCCGAGGGGCGGGCAGGCGCGCUGGGGGCGGGGGAGGGGCUGAGCCCCUGCUUUGUCUCCCCUGCGCUCUGCCCCUCCAGUGACCCUGCUCUCGGGCACCCCACGCUCCCCCCACGAGGGCACAGGUGUGGGAGACAGUGAUGGCUGUGGGUGUCACGUGCUCUAGCCAAGCUUGGGGGAACGGUCCCGCAUCGUCUGAAGGGAGGCCGCCAGCCCGGUCUGAGGACGUGCUUGGGGUGAUGACACGGGAGGCGUCCGGGGCCUUGGAGAAGCCACUGCCGCCGCCGGAUAGGGAGUUCAGUGCUUUUGGACGAGAAGAAGACUCGAGACAGUGCAGGACACAGUGCAGGACCGGCAGUGGGGUUUGGGGAUCGACCUCCCGCCUGCGGGCUUCCCGUCAGCGGCUUGCAGAGGGGCCGGAGGGCAGAGGAGGCUUACCGUCCGAGUCUGCGCCCCUGGGGUCCCCACAAAGCAGCAGAGAGCUGUGCGGCUGCCCCCGUGGCCUGGGCGAGGUCCCCGGUCUCCGUGUAAGGUGGGGAUGCCCGCAGUGCUUCCUGUCAUAGGAUCGGCUGGACGAGACCUCACUGAGCCCGCUCUCCAGACGAGCUGUCGAACAGCCACCGUGUGCGGGGGGCUGGGUCCCGUGUGAACGCGACACCCACGACUCUGUUCCCCAGAGCGACGUGCUCACAGAGAGUAAACCACAGCUGUGGCAGGGCAUCCAGUGACGGACAGAAGGACACAGCAGGCCCCGCUGGUGGGGCAGGGCUGUGAUGCCAGAAGUGGGGGGCGUGAGGAAUAGGCUCCCUUCCUUGGUGAAGACUGGCUUUGGGGGACACCUGGGGUGGGGGGAGGGUGGCCUUGGGGUGACCCGGGUGGGGAACGGCUGCGUGGCCAAGGGGACAGCCUCACUCACGCCCACACACCUGUCCCCUUCAUGCCUCAUCCCCUGCUCCUGUUGGAGGAGGAGGGAAUGGGAGCCGGGGGCCCCACAGCUAGAUAGCUGGGGACCCCGCUCCAGAAGGCUCUGCUCUAGAAGCUGCUGCUUCUCCUCUUUGCCCAGAAGGUUUGCUUUUUUCUGUCCUCCGCUGGCCCUGGCCUCAGUACAUGUCCUUUCUCCCGCUCGCCCAUGGUACCUCCGGAAAGAGGAUGCCCUCAGCUGGGUUGUCCCGGCGAUGCCCUCGGCCUGGGAGAGGUGGAGGGGCCCUGCCCGCUAGCACGUCCAGCUGUGGGUCUGAUGCCUUACCAGUGAAGAAGAGGGAGGGUUUCAUGUGACCUUGGGCCCCGCUUUUGGGCUGGGGCCGCGGAGAAGCCGCAUCUGGGUGAGGACAGUCUCCCAGGGAGCCGGCGUCCAUGCCGCCUGGGCACGCUGGGCCGGGAUUCGGGGCCCCGGUUCCUCCCCAGGCUCCUACAGGGCUCCGACCACAGCUUUCCUCUGUGGCCAGGCCCUCCCCUCCCCCGCCCUUGGAGUCCAGGCCUCUGCAGCCCAGCCAGCCGCCUCCCUCCCUCUCACUGCCUCCCUGUCCCCGCUGGCUGCAGCCCUGAGCCCUCCCAGGGACUUCAGGCUCCUCUGCCUCUGCUGCUUGCCUUGGCGCAGACACGAGCUGCCCACUCUUCUCUGGGUCAGUCCUGUUUCCUGUUUUUGAAAGAAGGGGUGCAGCUGCCCCUGUCUGGUUCCCUGGUGGUCGGCACGGCGGGUCCUUGAGUUCCCCCCCGAACCAUGGGCACCUUUCCCCUUCCUGGAAAAUACGUCUGUCCUGCCACCUGGCCAAGCCCAGUGACAAUUUCCUUUCACUUUCAGAUGUGUGCACCUGCUCCGUCCACGCUCUGGGCCAGCAGAGCCGCCAGCCGGGGGCGGGGGGCCGGUCUCCCUGGGCUGGCACAGGGCUGAUCCGCUGGCCAGGCAGACUCAGGGCGAGUGCCCUGGGCUCGGGCGCUUCUGUUAACCCCGAGUCCCUGCCGGGUAACGGGGACUCCCCUCGGCCGUCCCCAGCUGUUCCAGCACCUUCUGUGUAUCUUCCUUUAAAUGCUGAUAGCCUGAGAUAUUCACGCGGGGACUGAAAUGGUGACAGAGGCCAAUGGCAAGGCAGGGAAGUUUGGAGUGGGGGUCAUCCGACACCGUCUUGGUUUCCAGCGUAAAACCAGAGGUGGGCUGUCAGAGAUGGGGAAGGCAUUCUGCCUCCAGGCCUGCCCCCCUGCCCCCGAGCUCACGACAGCUCACCAUGGCUCACGAUGACCCAUCCGUCUGUCUCCUGCUGGGUCAGAGCUGGGAGGCGAGGCUCAACAGGAACUCCGUGUGCUCAGCCAAUUACUCAACAAGCAGAUCACCCCCACGGCCUGCGCUGCCCACAGGUGCUGUACAAACAGAAACCCUUGGAAACACAGCCUCUCCGAACUCUACCCAGCCCCGGGCACUGAGAAGUCAGGGCGUGCUGGCCUCCCUCCGCCUUCCCAUGUGCCGUGGCCCAGAAGCUCGUCCCCAACAUCUGGAGGCCCCAGCAGGGGUGUGGCUGAACCCCACUGAUGUCAUCAGGAUUGACAGAUGACGCGGAGGUCUCGCAGACUGCGUGCAGCUCCUCUGCCUUGGAGGGGUGGCCGCCCGGAGUGGGGAGGGACAGACAGCCCCGCAGGUCCAGCUCUGUCCCUUGACAGCUUGGAGGCCCAAGGGAAGUCACCUUGUCCUCGGUAAAGUGGGGACGACAGUGACGCCCCCAUCGGGUGACCACAGAUGGCGCUGAGUAAUGUGCAAAGUGCCCGGGGCGAGCCGGCCACGUGGGGGGCUGGGUCAGCACGUCGUGCAUGUAGGCCUUGCUCCCUGCCUCCCCUGGGGCCCUGUGGAGGGAGCUGAGGCAGCCCGUCCUGUCCCUGGCUCCCAUCCUGCGAGCCUGCUGCCAGCCGGAACUGAGGCCCCAGGCCCCCAGGUCCCACGGUCCGGGACCCUUCGUCUCCAACUUGGCAGACACUGCUAGAAACAGAACCCCGGGAGUCCUGAGUGGGAGGGCCAGCUGUCCUCCAGGGCUGCUGGGGGGUAUGGGCUGCCGGCCUCAGACACGGGCGGAGUGCAGCUCUGGUCGUCAGGGAAGAGAAGCAAGAGAAGGUGACCGGCGCAGUGUCCCCACACCGCUGACGGGAGCCGACAGCAGAUGGAAGAGGAAACGCCCUCGGCAGAGCGUGACGGCAGAGCCAGCCCCGGGGAGCCCAGGACACGGCCCCGCGGUCAGACAGCAGGACUGGGCGCAGGGGGUGCCUUGGCCCCGGAGGCUGGCCCCCUACCCCUGCCCCAGCUCUGCUGCCCCCGAGGCCCCUCCCACCGCAGAAGGCACAAGGAUGAGCCCUCCACACCUAGUCCCUGCUUCCAGGUCCCCGAUGGCCCAGCAGGCGGUGCUCCUGGGAACUGGAGGGGGUCUUGCACCGAAGGGAUAAGAGGGUACCCGGAGGACACAAAGGCACCCCCAGGCAGGCACCUGGGCAAGACAGCAGUAGCUCACCAGCGGGUCCUGCCCCAGGGAAGGACGGCCCCCUGCAUCUUGGCUUCCUGCUCAGCCGCGUGGGUGACAAGAUAGGAGCUGGCCACCGAGCUGUCACGACCCGGCCCAGCGUCGCCCCCGUCCCUGGAAGCACGUGCCCCAGCCUGGGGAGACGGCCCGGCAUGCACCGCCCGGCUUCGGACGGGUUCCGACUCAGGAAAACAUCCCCAGGACACGGUGCACAAAGCCCCAGCCGCAGGAGCAUGCAGAGCACAUGCGUGUCUCCCUGGUGUGUGGUGCACAGGCCGGUCGUGGGCCGGGUAUGAUCCGUACUCCGCUCUCGGCUCGUUCACUACAACAGUCUCCACCGUCACCUCCACCACCUCCAGCCCAGUCCACGCGUCCCUCACCUCCGCCACGGCUUGCGUCUGCUCCCCGGAUCCCUGAGCCGGGCCCCGCUGGGAUCCCCAGCCCGACAGGCACUCACAGCCCUGCUGAAGAGCGGCCCGAGAUUACGAUAGAGCCCGAACGUCUGUGCCCGUUGGAUUUAGACGAUGCCCGUGUGACUGGUUUUUUUAAUCAUAACAAAAUACACAUAAACGUUGUCGCCUUAACCGUUUCCGGGUUCUGUGGCCCUGAGAGCCCUCCUCGUGCAGCCCUCACCAUGCGUCCUAAGUCCAUCUUCUCAGACUGAAUCUCUGUCCCCAGUCACGGCGACCUCCCCGGCCCCUCCGCAGCAGCGGGCGCCUGCCAGCUCCUCUCUGUCCCUGUGGGUCCCUCCCGUGAGCGGGUCCCACGGCAUCUGUCCUGUGACUAGCUUGUUUCACUGGGCGGGGCGUCUUCAAGCUUCGUCCACGGUGUGGCAUGGGGUGGCCGCCUUUUUGAGCCUGGACCCUGCUCCGUCGUGUGUCUUCUCCACGGCCUGUUUAUCCGUCCACCCUCUGCGAACCCCUCCUCAUCCGGGAAUCUCAGUCUCCCCCAGUCUCAUGUCCUCACCGGCAAAGCCGGGUCUAGGCGUCGGGUCCGCUCCUGUGUGUUCUGAACCGCCCUCUCCCUCAAGCCCUCCGUGGUGUCCUGGUCGCGGCUGCGUGAAUCCGCGGACUCGGGUGUGGUGUGGCCUGGGAAGUGGGACACGUCCGGGCGGGACAGCGAACUGCUCAGGGAAGGCGGCUGCCCCCCCCCCCCCCCCAGGCAGGGACCCUCCAGGGCUGCAGGGACCUCGGGGGCGUGGCCCUGGCAGCGGACGUCACGGUCAAGAGCGCGGAUUCGGGGGCAAGCGCGUCCGGUUUUGAAGCUGGUCUCGUGCAGGCAAGUUCCUUACGCGCCUCAGUGACUUCGUCUGGGACGUGCAGUGACGGGAGCGCCUCCCCGAUGCGGUCGUUCUCACGACGCGUGUAAAUGCGCCUCCAGUGCGGAAACAGGGCCGGGACGUGGCGAGAGCUGCGUCAAGGCCUUGGUAUUUCUAUCUUUUUGUUCAUAAUUAUUUAUUCGCGUCGUGGCUACGAGGCAGUCAGAGCUCCGUGUCUUGUUGGGAGAGCCUGACGGAGACCCCCAGCUUGGCGCUCCGGGUGGGCAAGUGGCCCUGGGGCAGCCGGCCGUCGGUCCAGCACCGGCCCCGUGUGGAGGCACCGGCUCUGUGACACCAGGGCCCGCCCUGCCCCCGGUGCUCCCCGCUCUGUGACAUCACACACCCCCCCCGGGGUAGCCCCAGGUCCACCCUCCUUCCCACGAUGCCUUUCGUUUCUCC